GUACUUCGAAUGGCGAAAAGAGGCGGCUCGGCAGGGAAGGAAUGGGAAAUCGUCAAGGAUGACUUCUUUGUUGGCGAAACGAAGGGCUAAAUAGCGCCAGUGAUUCUCUGAGCCGGUCUGGAUUUCCAACGCCUCGGGAAACUGGUCGAGAUAGAUGACAGCACCUUUUUCCUCUCUUCCUUACCGGGAGGGCAAUCUUAUCUUAUGGCCUUCACCUCCAGCCCGGCCUGGAAAUAGAACCCAGCCCCCUUCUGAUCCAUUCAUUUCUGUAAGCAGGGAGGAUCCAGAGCUAAGCCCCCCUCCUAUUCGAGGUCGGGUGGCCUCGCCCCACAAGCACCUAACCUUCCUUUUGCUCUUCCUUCGGUUUGCCUCCACGAACGCGCCACCUAGGAGCCCUACUCAUAUUCCAAAGGCGCUACUUCAAUUCAAGCGCAAGCCCCCCUUCUAUUGCAUAACCUAAAAAAGUGUUAAGCAAAGUACCAAAGUGGUUGCGGGAACGAUACGCUUUGGUUACCAGCGAACGCUUCCAAAGUUUCUCGAGUUUCCGGCUGUUUCCUAGAUUGAAGUAGCCUUUCGUCGCCCUACCAAACGAAAGAAGUCACUAUCAAACAGCUCGCCCUACUGAAGUACCAAAGGUGCGCUCCGCCUGGUGACUAAGAAAUAAAUUGGUUUGCGCUUUCAUUGAAGUGAUGAGGGUGAUCUACGAUCAGGCUGGUCGGAACGAUCAGGGUGCUCCCCUACGAUCUUAGGCAAGCUGGUCGGAACGAUCAGGGUGCUCCCCUACGAUCUUAGGCAGGCUGAUCUUUGAUAAGAAGUGGUUGUAGAUCUUAAGCAGGCUGAUCUAUGAUCUUAGUGGGCUCCGAGAGGGGAAGUAGGGCUCCUAUUGAAACACUUUCUCUCCCUCAAAAGGCGACCAGCUUUCAAUACUAGUUGUUACGUUACGCUGCCAUUUUUCCAAUAUUAUUGAAUAGCAUGGCCUGGGGCUAAGGUAACUAAAGUGGGAGAGCCGUGUUAUGGGUGACCUUAUUGCACGGUUCAGAGAGCACUUGUGUAUGUGAUGCAAGUGAACGUGUACGAAAAAGCUGUCGUAAAGUUUCGUUGUUCGUUCCGUCGUCGACCCUAUCUAUGUUUCUACGAUGGCCCAAGAGCACGCUCAUUCUUCAGCCGUAGAGAGACUUUUGAAUUGCGAGGUACCAUUACGAGCUCAAUAUAUACGAGUGUUAUUCCGUGAAAUAACUCGAAUUUCAAAUCAUUCACUUGCUUUAACUACUCAUGCUAUGGAUGUGGGAGCAUCAACUCCGUCCCUGUGGGCUUCCGAGGAGCGGGAGAAAUUGUUGGAAUUCUAUGAAAGAGUCUCGGGAGCCAGGAUGCAUGCCAGUUUCAUACGACCAGGUGGAGUGGCACAAGAUCUGCCUCUUGGCUUAUGUCGAGAUAUUGAUUCCUCCACACAACAAUUUGCUUCUCGUAUUGACGAAUUAGAAGAGAUGUCAACCGGCAACCGUAUCUGGAAACAACGAUUAGUGGAUAUUGGUACUGUCACUGCACAGCAAGCAAAGGAUUGGGGAUUCAGUGGUGUAAUGUUAAGAGGUCGUGCGACAUGAAGACAUUGAUAGCAAUAUGGGGGAAGUUCCCAUCAGGCAACAACGGUUCUGCCUGACCCUACUUAAGCAUGCAUAUUAUGUCAGUGAAGACUUGGUGUGAAGCCUUGGAGCUUACGUUAUAAGAGCAAAAGGCCCGGGGCUAGGGUGAGCUGAGGGGGGACAGCGUAAGUGAGCGAAUGUGUGUAAGCCCAGUCAAACAUGACUGUUCUAGGCGGGGCGGGCCACCCACCUUCGAAUGGUGUUGGUCCUACGGACCGUGAACGGAUUCGCCUCUGCCCUCUAGGCACGUCGGAACCGCAUGAGUUCACCGGGGUGGAGCACGGUCCGCCAAAAUCGGCAUAGGUUAGGUGCUAUUGAUGGAACAUGGUAAGCCUAUCUUUCUCCAUAUGGAAGUGCUGCGGGCACAUAGAGAUGUGGGUAGAGGAAACCUCAAAAAGCGAAGGCCGAGCUGUAGGUCACGUGACCUGCACCGAGUUGGUGGCUGACUGGGCUUUUUCCUUGAUCAAAGCAGAUCCGCUCGCCUUCUUGUUAUCCAAAAGUAGGUCGAAUCGGGCUUGUCCCGGAACGUCGAAUGAAAUAGGCGAUCGGGUUCUCUUUUUACAACCCUUUUGAUAUGAUAGGCCCUUCCCCCUAUCCCUUAUGUUUAGGAGCGGGAUCCGCCCAAGAACGACCAGUCUUGUGGUGGUACGGAAGGCACGGACUCCGCGAACGUCCCGCGCCCCCUUUACUAAUAAGGGAAAGAAAGCCUCAACCAGAACCACAUUCCUUUUGCGUGCGGAUGUAGCUAAGUGUCUUACUCUAUUGGUCAUAGUUCCCUGCUGUUGCGGCCGGUG